CUCCAGGCAAGGUGCAAGGGGGUCUGGUCUGGUCCGUCCCCCCCCCGCCAGCAGGGUCAGACACUGGGCCCAUGUAGGCAGAGGGGCAGAACCACCUGGGAUCUGGGGGCACGUAAGGUGUCUGGGCUCCAGAACCCUGGUGUGUGGUGCUGGCCGGGUGGCCCAAGUAGGGGUAUUGUGUCCCUUCCCCCACUGGUUGGUAUGGCUGACGUGUGGGGCCACGGGUCUUUCGGGGGGCUGGUACCCGGUGAGCAGCCCUCGUGCUCAGGGCAGCCUCUGGGCUGUGGCCAGCCCUGCCCCUCCUUGCACUCCAGUCUGGCCCCCAGGAGCUCUGGCAUUGGGGGCAAAGGCCCCCAGGGACUGCCCCUUCCCCCCUGCAGCCACAGGAACCUGGGGACCUUUUAUUUACAUCAGAAACUGACUGAGUACAGGGCCAGGUGCGGGGAGAGGAAACGGCUCGGCGGUGGGGGGGGGAGGGGCAGCAGCAGCACCGCAAGAACCAGAGAGAGCGGAAGUGCUGCUGUCUGCACCCCAUGGCAAGGGCUGCUCAGCUCAGGCCUGAGUGUCGCACCUCUCCCAGCCUGGCAUCUCUGCCCAGCCUGGGAAGCGGAAGGACUGGUUCUGUGCAGGGCAGGGAGGGGCCGUGCUGCCUCCCACAGAGUGCACCUUGCCUGGGUGCCAGGGAGAGACCCAGAGCACCAGGCCCUUCCCCUAGCCCUGGUGCCACAGGGAUACCUGGAGCACCGGGGCCACUCCCCCAGCCAACAGUCAUCCUGGCCAGGUGCCACGGGGAGACCCAGAGCACUGGGGGCCUCUCCCCCAGCCAGCACUCAUCCUGGCCAGGUGCCACGGGGAGACCCGGAGCAGCAAGCCCUUCCCCUAGCUGUGGUGCCACAGGGAGACCCAGACUCAUCCUGGCCAGGUGCCACGGGGAGACAUGGAACACCAGGCCCCUCUAGUCUGGCUACCCUGCCCCAGCCUUCCUGCAUCCCCUGCUGUUCCCACCAGGCCCCUCUCCCAUUGCUGAGCAGCCAGGCUGUAGCUGGCCUAGACCCAGUGCCGGGCGCCCACAGUCCAGAGCUACAAACCUCAGGUUUCUCACAGGCUGCAACACUAGCGCUCUCCACACAGGCUCUUGGUGCCCAUGACAGGGGUGAAUCCACACACCACAAACAACCCAACGUUGCCCGGGACUAGAGCCAGUGACCUCCACUCCAGCAUCCCAAGUCUCAGCGGCUUGGGCUUCAGAUGGAGGAGAUGACACCACCACCCGCACCUGAGGCACCAUCCCCGCUGAAGUCCUACAAAUGGCGGAUGGGCCCCCAGGGUGGGGAGAGGGUGCCGGAGCCGGAGCAGCGCCCCAUGCCCCCUG